UUUUUUUUUUUAGUAUAUAGUGUGUGUUCAGUAAAUGUUAAUAUUAUUGAUGGAAUAAACCAAAACCAAACCAAACCCCUUGCAGUCAAGCUGAUUCCAACUCAUAGCGACUCUAAAGGACAGGGUUGAACUGCCCCAUGGGGCUUCCAAGGAGCACCUGGCAGAUCUGUAUGGCUGACCUUCUGGUUAGCAGCCAUAGCUCUUAACUACUACGCCACCAGGUUGAUGGAAUAGUUUCUUUGAAAUAACAAUGUUCAAAGCUUUGAACACCAUAUAGUAGUGGGCCUUGUGUGGUCAUAAGGCACAAAAUAAGGAAACAACUGGAGCAGUCAGAGUUUCCACUUAAGUGCUGUUUUUCACUUUCUCCCAAUGUGAUUUAAGAGUCAGGAAGGAAACCAGGCCUCUUAACUGUAGAGACAGCCCGCAGCUUAGGGUUAAACGACGGAAUGGCUGGGGUCUGUCCCUGUGUAAAUAAUUUCCCUGUAUCUUACCUUCUCUUCUGUGGAAUAUUAAUGCCUGGGAAACUAAUGGUUUAGGAAGGCCCACUAGAAAGUCCCUUGGUCUGAACCUCGGUUUCUUAUCUAGAAAACAGAAACAAUGCAUUCCUGUUUGUUUGUUUUGGUUUGUUGUGGGAAAGAAACAGCCCAACGCGGUUGGAGAGCUAUGCGGCUGAAAGCACCUGACAGUCAUGAGACCCGAAUGCAGAUCAAUUCGACACAAUGUAAUUCAGCAAAUAUUUGCUGAGCACUUACUACUUGCCUGGCAUUGUAUCCCCAGAUGCUGGAACUGGAUAAGAAACAGAUUAGACUGCCAGGCUUGUCCCUUGGGUAGGACAUCUGGGAUGGAGGCAGACUCAGAAUCUGGAUUUUAAUUUCAUGUUGUUUUGUAUAUUCAUGAUAACAAAAGACCAAACCAGCUGCUGUAGAGUUGAUUCCAGUUCACGGCGACCCCAUGCGUUUCAGCGUAUUAACCGUGCGCCGUAGGGUUUCCAAUGGCUGUAAUCUUUCAGAAGUCGAUUGCCAGGACCUUCUUCGGAAGCGCCUACGGGUGGAUUCAAACUGCCAACAUUUUGGUCAGUAGCUGAAUGCUUAACCGUUUGCACCACUCAGAGACUCUUUGUAAUAGGCCCCCCAAACUCCUCUCUGGUUGCGUAAGGUCAGCUCCUGUCGUCAAAGAACUCACAGUCUAGUAGGAGAGAAAAACCCAAAAUUCCAAAGCAGUGUACCAAAUGCAACAAUGACGGUACAAAGAGUAUGGAGGGAGUGAGUCGGGCAGCUAGGUAAAGGUUCCGGAAGAGGGUGAUGUCUGGGCUGAAUUAUGGAGAAUAAAUGAGACUUCCUGCAGGGAGAAAAAGCAAAAAAAAAAAAAAAGGGGGGGGCAUUUCAGGUAACAGGAAGCAUCACCUGCAAAGCCAAAUAAACAGGAAAUUGAUAGUUCCAGGUUCUGCCAUUAACUAGCUGUUUUUAACCUUUACGGAGUUUCCACAGGGCUGCCAAGAGGUUCCGGUUUGCAUUUUCAACAAGUUCCCAGGAAGUUAUGCCUAAGAAUCAGGUGGGGGACCUUGUUAAAACAUAGAUUCUGAUUCAGUAUAUCUGGGGUGGAAAAGAACAUUCUCAGCGGGGAAUGUGUUAGAAAUGCAAGAAGGAACCCUUCGAAGCCCUGAAUUUCUUCAAGUCCUCUGGGCCUCCAGUUUACUCAUCUUGGAAAAUGAAGGUUGAAAAGUGAAAAGAAGAGCUUCUGGAUCCCUAAGCAACCCGGCAUCCCCACGCUGGAGCAAAAGCCAGUGUCAGUGGAAAAAUCAAGCGUCAUUUGUAGGGCACAAGCGAGAGGCCUCAACUUCUGUGAAAGGAUGACGGGCAGAGCCUGCAGCCAUUCAGAAAUUUCUGUUACAUAUUCAGUCACCCACUUCAAUACUUAGGCCCCGUGCUCUUCAAGGAGGCCGCCGUCCAGCAGAGGGAGACAGACACGCAAGAAAGUAGGACCUCGGAACCAUGACAACCACGUGGCGGUUUGCUGUGGGUGCGUGGGAGCAGGAAAACUGAAGGCCCUGGGGCGUGCAGGUCGCAGGCAGGGUGACAGGAUUUAACUCCUAGUCAGAGGAACUUCCUGUUUCCUCCGUGCUUCUCCUCUGACAGGCAGCAAACACGUUCGGCUGCCAGUUCUUUGGCAGGGCGACGGGGCGCCUUCGUUUCACCAGCCCCUUCCCCAGGCCUGUGGACGGGGCUCCCAGGGUAGAACCGAGGGUGGCUGUGGGCGACAGCUUCGCUCAGCCUUGAGCACCAGCCGCAGGUCCCCGGCGUCGUCAGGAGGGGGUGGCCGGGAAGGCAGGCUGCCCAGUGCCACCAGGUGUUGGGCUCCGGGCCAGCUGGGCGGGGCUCAGGCUAAGGGUAUAAGAGGCGCGUCUCUGUCCCGGGAGCAGUGCUGAAGCCGGCGCCCCAACCCAGACCGGGAGGUGAAGGCCACUGAGCCUGAUUGAGUCCUUAAGCGACCCGAAGAAGAGGAAGAGGAGCCCUUCUUCCCGCCACUGCCAGCCCCAGCCUCGGAGGAUGCGGCUCCUCGGGAAGUUCCGCGCCUCGGCCGCGGGCAGCGCGGCUCCGGAGCCGGCCUUCAACAACGUGCUCACCCCGGACCGCAUCCCCGAAUUCUGCAUUCCGCCGCGGCUGCCCGCGCCCUGCGCGCCCGAGUCGCCGCCCGCCGCCGCCGCCCUGCCCCGGCGCUGCACCGCGGAGCCGGACCUGUGGCCCAGCGGGGCGGACCAGGGCGCCGGCCGCACCGACUGGGACCCGCGCUCGCAGGCCGCGCUCUCCCUGCCGCACCUGCCCCGCGCGCGCACGGCCUACGGCUUCUGCGCGCUGCUCGAGAGCCCGCACACCCGCCGCAAGGAGUCGCUCUUCCUCGGGGGCCCCGGCGCCUCCGCGCUCCUGCCCCGGCUCCGGGCGCACACCUACGCCGGCGGCGGGGACGGCCCUCGCGCGCCCCCGGGCCGCCCGCGCGCCCCGAGCCGCGCCCCCGCCGCCCCCGGCCGUCCCCGCCCGCUCUGGGACACGCUCGUUUCCCGGCCCCGCGGCCACCGCCUCCUGCGCGCCCCCGACGGGCUGCUGAGGCGCGCGCUGCGGGCAGGGAGGAGGGGCGGCCUGGCCCGCGCCCGCUCGGUUUCCAGCGGCGACGAGGACCAGGAGGCCCCCGCCCAGGACCCACCCGCAUCCCCGCCGCCGCGGCCCGAGCGCCUGCAGGCCGAGGGCACCGUGACUCUGAGCCGCGCCGGCGGAGCCCUACGCCUGGCCGCCGAGUACUGCCCGGGCAGCGGGCACCUCCGCGUCCGGCUGCUGCGCGCCGAGGGCCCGGCCGGGGGCGCCGCCGAGCCCUGCGCCGUCGGCUGCCGGCUUAGCUUCGUCCUGCAGCCGCAGGGCCAGAAGCGCAGGGAGCGCAGCGCCGUGGUCCGCCGCAGCCGCAACCCCGCCUUCGACCAGGACUUCUGCUUCGACGGGCUCACGGAGGACGAGGUGCGCCGCCUGGCCGUGCGCGUCAAGGCCGGGAGCAAGGGCCGCGGGCUGGAGCGGGGCCGCCUGCUGGGCCAGGGCGAGCUGCUGCUGGGCUCCCUCCUGCUCCUCUGAGGGCCCCAUGCCCCGGGCCCUCCCCUCGGGGCGCUUUCUGCCCGCUGGAGAACUCUUGGACAUUGACAGCUAUUUGGUACAAAAAUAAAUGUUAUUUAUUCGUUUUCUAGUCAUGAUCUUGUUUUAUUGACGUUUUCGUUCUUAGGUGUCUGCCUUUGCCAUCCUUUAAUGAUAAGGAAGAUUAAAAAUAACAAACCCCUCCUCUACUCACUGCCCCCAAUCCCGUUCUCCAAGCCGUUUUUACAUUCAAAGGAAAACAAGACAAGUUGGCUUGGAGAUGGAAAGGAAAGGAAGAGAGUACCCUCAUCUAUCUUUCCCUCCCUUCGUCAUUUAUAUCAAUACUGAAGAGUUUAUAGAUUUAAAAUUUUUUAUAAAAAGCGAAAGUUAUUCAGAAUCAUGCCCAGUGCUAGGACUCCUAUGUUCAGCUUUCCAUAUAGUGAUGUGGUAUGGUGUCAUAUCCUUGCCUACAUAGGCACACACACAGUAUGUAUACCUAUGUAUGAAGACAUAUGAUGUGAGUGUAUAUACUUCGUUGUCAUAGCAAAGUGAGAGACCCUCUUGUAUUAUGAAGAUACCUUGGGAGGAAGUCUUGUUAGUGCAUUGGGCUGCUAACGAAGAGGUCGGCAGUUCGAAUCCACCAGCUGCUCCUUGGAAACCCUAGAGGGCAGUUCUACCCUGUCCUAUAGGGUUGCUAGAAGUCAGCAUUGACUAGACGGCAGCGGAUUUAGCUUUCAAUUUGGUAGGAAAAGAUUCCUUUUGCAUUAAGAAGGUACAUGAUUCUCUUGAAAGCCAAGUCUUCAAAAAUUGCUGAUGAAACAAGCCGGAAGGUCUUCCAGUGGGUUGUCCCAUAAGGAACAGAUGUUCCCAGUGUUUCUUCCUUCCAGAGAAGAAGCCCUGGGACAUCUUGCUAUUUCAAAAUAGAAAUCUGUCCCGCCUCUGUGAACGACCUGAUUGGGGGGGGGGGGCGGGUAGGGGGAAGCGUCAUUUCUACCUGGCUAUGUAAAAAAAAAAAAAAAAAAAUGUAUUUAAGUUACAUAGUAAUUAAGGGCUUUCUUUGUAGUAGAAUUUCCCAGGUGAAUUGAAAAGUAGAUUAUUGGUUUCUUGAACACUGGGUUCUAGGUGAGUGUUUCUUAACCCAACUUGUUUCAUUUGGACUUUAGUCCACUGGAAACUGAUUAUACCUGACAGUGUUUUGCUCUUUACUAUAGCCAUCUAUGGUGCAGUGGAAAGCACAAGGAAGCCAAAGACAGAUGGAGGGUCCAAUCUUCCUUCUGCCGCUUGCCACUGUCUGAACUGGGGCAAAUUAGUUCAUCUCCCUGAGCCUCAUUUCCUUCAUCAGGGAAAUGGAAGUAUUAAUACCUACUUUAUAGGGUUUUUGUGAUGAUAUGCCUAAUAUCCCAAUAACUUUUAAUACAUACGAAAUGUGGUAACACACCUGAAAAGUCUUGAAUUAUAUUUAUGAAUAGGGGCCAAAUAAUGUUGUAGAAAAUGAACUCCUUCACGUCUCCUUUCUUUCCACUUGUUUCUGCCUGGUCCUGGAGUGGAGUCUGUUGAAAUAGAUGGCUUCAUGGGACUGAGGAUUUAAGGAGGUGGGGAGUAGGAAUGCAGAAUCCUUCAGGAUCUCCACGCAAGCAAUAGUUUGGCACUCAUUCUGCGUCAGAAACCCUUCAGCUUGUUAUUAUCAAAAUGAGGUUCUGGGUGAGGAUUUGGCCAGAUUAAAUGAAUACAAAUCCUGGGUUUUAGAUACAAUUUCAAAAUGGACAAAUUAGCUGUUAGAGAGCAUCCAAUCAAACUAGUUUUGAACUUGAGAAAACACCAGACAGGUGAUUGCCCAAAGACAUAUAGCUAGAGACUGGCCGAGCUCAUGGAAGAACCCAGUUCUCCUAAAUUUGUUCACUCACUCAACAAAUAUUUGCUGAUCCCUCACUUGAAGGCAUAGUAUUGAGCCUAGAGAAUGCAACUAUAAACAAUACAGACAAAGAUCCUAUUCUCAUAGAACUUAUUUUUAGAGUAGUCAUACAAUAACCAAGUUGUUACAGAUUACGAUAACUACAAUGAAGAGAAUAAACUACUGAGACUAUUGAGACUACCUGGGCUGGGGAAGUGGCAGGGGGAUGCUCUCAGGGACAGCGUGGUCAGGGAAGGUCUUCCUGAGACCUGAAGAAAGAAUCACCCACAAGAGGAACUUAAUUUAUCAAAAUAAUCCCUUAAUACAUCCAAAAUGGAAUUUUGGAUUUUCCCUCCUCAAAUCUUCUCCUUCUCUAGUCUUCCUGGUGUCAACAAAUGGCACUACCAUCCCUUCUGUCAUUCAAAGCAAAAACUUGGUAUCAUCCUUGACUCCUCUCUCUCACACUCCACUUUAAACCAAAAAAAACCAAACCUGUCUGUUGCUGUCUAGUGGAUUCUGACUCAUAUACUCCACUUUACAUGGAUAUAAAUGCCACCUCUUCAGAGUUCAUCCCUGGCCACCGUAUCUAAAAAUAGCACCAUUGUCAUUAUCUACUUACACUGCCUUAUUUUUCUUUAUAGCAUUUUUAUUGCUACCUGACAUCAUAUUAUACCUGGAUAUUCCCAUCUACAUUCAAAUAUGUGUUGGAUUCUUUCAUAUUAAAACAAAACAAACCUCUUUUUACUCCACAUUCUCUUCCAGCUACAGCCCUUUUUUCUUCUCUACUUUUAUCAAACUUUCUUACUUUCUACUUACUUGUUAUCUCCUUCUAGUGUGACUUCUGCCAUCACUAUACUUAUAGGACUGCUCUUGUCAAGGUCAUUACUGACUUCUGUCUUGGCAAGUCAGAUGGAAAUGGCAAGUGUAAAAAAUAAGGCAGUGUAAGUAGAUAAAAAAAAAAAGUUUUUUACUUUUUAAGUAGAUAAUGACAGUGGUUUUUGUUGUUGUCGUUAUUGCUGUUUAUUUCCUCUUCCCCUAGAAAGCAUGCUUUAUAAAGGCAAGGGCUUCGUCCAUUUAUUGCUGUAUUUCCAGUGCUUAGAACAGUGUCUGGCAUAUAGUGGAUACUCAAUAAAUACUGAUUGAGUAUUGCAAGAACAUUGCCUGAAUUGAGUAUUAAAUGAAUAUAAGAAGAGAUUGAAUAAAUAGAGAAAGGUAGCAGGCCUAGGACCAAGGCUUGAGACUGUUCAACAUUUAAAACUUCAAUGGAGGAAGAGAAGCCAGUGUGUAGGAGAAAGAGAAGCAGCAGCCAAUGAUGUAGAGGAAAGACUAGGUAGAGUGUGGAGUCAUGGAAGCCAAGAUAGAAAAAUGUUCCAAGAAAGAAGAGAAGUUUAAUCAACUUAAAUCCUGCUGGGAGGUCAAGAAAAAUGAGAACAGAGACAUGUCUAUUGGAAACGGCAAGAUGGAAGUCAGUGGUGACCUUGACAAGAGCAGUCCUAUGAGUGUAGUGAUGGCAGAAGUCACACUAGAAGGGGAUAACGAGGGGAUGGCGAGAAAGUCCACACUGAAAUGUUAAAUAAAAGUAGAGGAGAGAAAACGGGCUAUACCUGGAAAAGAAUGUGGAGUCAAAGGAGGUUUCUUUUGUUUUAAUAUGAAAGAAUCCAACACAUUUGAAUGCAGAUGGGAAUAUCCAGAAAAGCAGGAAAUAUUGCUAGUGAAGAGAAAGGGAGCCAGCAAUAACUUUUGAAGCAGUCCUUGGAAAAGCAAGAGGAGGUCCAGGACAAAAGGGGUAUUACAGAUUGAAUUGUGUCCCCCCAAAAUAUGUGUCAACUUGGCAAGGCCAUGAUUCUCAAUAUUAUGUAGUUGUCCUCCACGGUGUGAUCUGAAGUAAUUAUUCACCAUUUUGUGAUCUCAUGUAAUUAUCCUAUGUGUUGUAAAUCCUAAGGCUGCUAAUUAAAGAGUAGGCAGUUUGAAUCCACCAGCUGUUCCUCGGAAACCCUAUGGGACAGUUCUACUCUGUCCUGUAAGGUCACUACGAGUCAGAAUCGACUCGAUGGCACACAACAACAAUAACAACAUGAUGUUAAUGAGGCAGGAUACAAUCUACAGAAGCAGAGCACAUCCUUUGGACCUGAGGUCCCUGCACUGAGAAGCUCCUAGACCCAGGGGAAGACUGAUGACAAGGACCUUUCUCCAGAGCCAACACAGAGAGAAACUUUCCCCUAGAGCUGGUGCCUUGAAUUUGGACUUCCAGCCUCCUAAACUGUGAGAGAUAAAUUUCUGUUUGUUAAAGCCAUCCACGUGUGAUAUUUCUGCUAUAGCAGCACCAGAUAAAUAAGGCAAGUAGGUAGAGGCAGUAUGCAAGAACCCAUGUUUUUUCCAUAGCUCUGCCGGCCAUCCGCAGCAUCAUUUCAUCCUAAGGCGGGUCACACUUACAGUCCUCGGACGAUGUCUAGUAGCAACCGGUAUCACCACAUGACUUCUCAUUGGUGUCCAGGCUGGAGAGAAUGUCUUGCUUCUAAAAGCAUUCCCAAAAGACUGAGGAAGAACCUUCCCAGAAGGCCCCUGUAAACUAUACGUCGUAUUGGCCCCAAAUGGUUCGCAUUCCCAAUCAUGAAACAAUCCCUGCAGAGGGAAGGGUGUUAUCCACAGAAUUGUUGGUCCUAUUUCUGUAGCUGGGGAGGAGGUCGGCCUCUGCUGAGACAAAUGCCUCUUCCUGGUAGGAAAUAAGAAAGGGAAAGUAAAGUGUAGUAUUAGUAAAGAGUGGGACAUCUGAGGUCAGAAAGAACUAGAUUCAAACCCAGGCUCUGCUAAUCAACUAGCUGCAUGACCUACGAACCUCUGUGAACCUCAGUUUGAUCUUUUCUAAAAUAUUAAGUGUAAAGAUGGGGAAGGGUAAACGAGAUAGUUGCAUUUCGUAACAGUGAGAUUCGCGUGAACAGGGGUAGGCACCCCUUUGUUUUCAACGCCUCCUAUUUAGCUCAGGCUGAUGGCAUAAUUUUGCAGAAUGGCUUUCAUCCACAUCUGUGGUUCUAGUCUUAAGUCUGUACAAAGGUCAGUCUGCUGGGGACAUGUCUGGGUGGCUGCACUAAAUGACACAAACACAAAGAAUUGCAUCUUUCCAUCCCACUGGUUGUACACUUCAGACUCCAUCUGCUGUGUUUCAGAGAGAAGGACAACAGCUCAGCUCAGGUGUGCUUCUAAAAUCCAGCCAGAACUACAAGGAAGUGCAUGAGUACAUCCUAUCAAGGCCUUGAUGAGGUAUCUUACUGUUACAAGAUGCCAAAAAAGCCAGGUGUUGACCUAAAUAUAGCAAAAAAUAAGAUUUAUUUUGCAAUUUGGCAGCAGAUCCUAAUUUAGCAAAGAGCCAACGUCUCCUGCCUCUGUCUGUCUGUUUGUCUGCAAGGAGAUGGAGACUGAUUUAUCAGGACUGUCCAUGCAUCACUCUGGAUUUCCCUCUCUUCCUCCUCUUCCUCCUCCUCACCUGGGCAAGAACCACCGCAUCUUCCUCCUCCACUUAGUCUGCUCUGGACUGCCCUCCUAGCCAUUAUCAUUUAAAAAAAUGUUUACAUGAUUUCAGGCUUACAGAACUCUUGCAAAAAUACUACAUUAUCCAGGGACUCCUUUAUCCUUAUUGCAACCUGUUAUUAUGGUCACUUUGCUGAUGAAGAAGCUGAAGGACGGAGUACAAGUAACUUGCCCAAGGUCAUAUGAUUAGUAAGGAGUAGAGCUUGGACUUGAACCCAGGCAGGCUGACCCUAGAAGUCCAACUCUUCACAUUAUUUCCUCCCUGUAGAAGACUUCAGACGUGAGGGCUGGGGUAGCCGAUGUAGUCGGGGCAGAUGGGAUUGGGAAAUUAAGGGGCAGAGGGUGAUAGAGGGGAGAGAAUAUUAGAAAUAAACUUUACCCAGCUCACAAUUUCUUUUCCAGGCACUACCUUGAAAAUGUAAAACCUGCACAGAUCAAGGCUUAGAGAGAGUUUCCUAAGGCACCUUACUCUGAGGUAUUAAUGCUAAUAACUGCAACCCAGGAAUCGAAUGUAUCUGUCGAUGUUCCAGAAAUGUUUUUGUGAAGACAGGUAUUAUAAGGACAAUGUCAAAAAAUAAGUGGAUAUGUUCUUUUCAAAGGUACAAGUAAAAAUAAUCAGUGAAACAACUAACUUGAGACAAAAGCAGAAGAUAACAUUGAAAGGUGUGAAUGGAACAUCUGAUGAGGUUCCGUGUAGAUCACGUGACAGGAAACUUCAACUAGCUUGAUCAGUUCUCUUCUUUGUGUUUCCAUUCCCCAUAAUUUGGUCAUGGUCACAAUGACAUUUUUGUUCUAAUCAUCAGAAAGCCAAAAAGGAGAUUAGGUGAGGAGGAGAGGGUGGUAACCAGGAGUGGAGGUUUAUUGACCUACUCUGCACCAUCCCACAAAGUUCCUUAGCCUGGACUUCGCUUUCCUUUUUUAACAGGCCACUGCUGGGCUCCUCUUGGAAAGAAAAGAGAAUGCUUAUGGAACAUUCCACCACCACUGUUGCUGCGGCAUCAGUUCCAACUCAUGGUGAUCCCAUGUGUGUCAGUAGAGCUGUGCUCCACAAAGUUUUACAUGGCUGAUUUUUCAGAAGCAGGUCAGUAGGUCUUUCUUCCAAGGUACAUCUGGGUAGACUCCAACCUCCAACCUUUCAGUUUGCACCACCCAGGGACGCCUAUGGAACACUACAGAAUGUUUAUGGAGUGUUUACUUUGUGCUGCCUUCAAGAAACUUACAAUCUCAGGGAGGAGAGAGACAUGUCUACAAGGCAAGUCGGUGAAAGGUAUCCAGCAGAAGCAGAUGCAAAGAUGAAGGGCUGAUUAGAUCUGACUUUCAAGACUCUCUCAAGAGGAAGGGCUCAUCCUGCCGCUCUUGCUUACAGUCUUCUUUCCCCCUCCCCACUCUCUGAGUGGAAACACAGUGCCUGGGGCCCACCCUAAGGGGGUUUAACUCAGCUCACAGAAGCUUUCCUUCUGCACACUUUGAGGGCACUGUGUGGGAAGAAGAUCCAGGUGGAGUGUUUGAUUUUCAUAGAGGUCGUACCAGGUGGUCUGGGUUUGCUCAGGACUUGAGGAGGCCUGGACUGAUGGAAAGGCCUGGGGUAACCUGCAUUGCCUGGAAGGCUGGGUCCUGGGCCAAGACUGGGAAUGCAAAGAAAGAGGGUUUCACUGCUGGAAGGCUGGCUUACUGAGGGCUGGAGAGAGCAAGUUCAGUCUUUGGGGUAGGGAAGGGGGAAGACAGGGAUUGGGGACAGAGUCCUAGUACUGGAUUUGGACCCACAGAGCAGUUGCAUUGAAUCUGCUUGCCUAUCUCCUCCCUUGUUUUCUCAAGAUCUGUUCCCUGAAGCUUACAUGGGAGCUGAACACUCGUAAAAUGGAUUUGAUGUUUACACCUUUAUACAUUACACUUUCUGAGAUGUUUUAUCAUUCUGUUUGGUUCUCAACUGCCAGUGUUCCCACAAACUUUAGCUUUAACUAGCUUUCUCUAUUUUUUCCUCCACUCCCCAAGCCAAAUUUUUGCUUAAUUCUUCCAAUGGACACUUAAAAAAACACUUACACACUCUUAAAUGUAAAGAGCAAGAUUUAUUGCUUAAGGGAACACUCCAAGAAUCUCCACUUCUAAUUUUACUUUUACUCUUAUGGGUUUCUAAUAGGGAGGCAGAGUGAUGUGAGAUCACCUGGGUUCCACUAAGUCUCAUCCACUUAAUACCCACGUGACCACAGAUAAUUUAUUUAAAUUCUCUCGGCCUCAGUUUUCUCCUCUGUAAAGUAGGGCUACUAAUACCAACAAUACCCACCUUACUUAUGGUUUCACUAAGAAUUAGAGAUAAUACAUGAAAAGACCCUGAUAGUGUCUGACACAUAAAAAAAUCCAACAAAACCAAACCCAUUGCCAUUAAAUCCGACUCAUAGUGACUCUAUAGGCCAGAGUAGAACCACCCCAUAGGCUCCUCUGACAUAUGGGAAGCAUUCAAUAAUGGACAGCUACUCUUACUGUCUUAAAAGAGGUCAUUUCUGUACUUUUUAAGGAACUCUGAUGGUGUAGUGGUUAAGUGCUUGGCAGUUUGAACCCAUCAGCUGUUCUGUGGGAAAAAGAUGUGGCAGUCUGCUUUUGUAAAGAUUACACCCUUGGAAACCCUAUGGGGCAGUUCGACUCUGUCCUGUAGGGUCACGAUGAGUUGGAAUCCACUCAACAGCAACAGGUUUGGUUUUCUGUACCUUUUAGUACCCUGGAAAGUAACCUACCACUCAAUCCUGGUAAUCUGUAACUUUUAUUUUGUGAGAAUUGGCUCAGAACUUAGCUUUCAGGCAUAUCCUGUUUUGGGGGAGUAGAUAAAUAUUUCAUGAGUCAUUUGGUUAUAAGAAUCAAAAUAAGCUCAGUUUUCAUUAUGAAAUGAGAUCUAGUUUAUUGUUUGUCUUGAUGCAUCAGAGGCUAAUUUCCAUGAGAUUGGGAUCUGUCUUACCUAUUCCUGUUCCCCAGUACCCAGAACAGCACCUGGCACAUAGUCAGCACUCAAUGAAUAUUCGUUGAUGAAUAAUUGCAAGGUCCAGUUAUUUUCAGUAAACGCUGAUUAAGGAGGCAAGGAAACAAGGAUCCAUGUCUAUGUAUUUAUGUUAUUGCUGUUCUUAGGCGCCGCUGAGUUGGUUUUGACUCAUAGUGACCCACUGUGACAGAGUCUGCCCCAGGAUUUUCUAGGCUGUACUCUUUACAAGAUCAGAUUGCCAGGUCCUUCUCCUGAGUUGCUGCUGGGUGGGUUUGAGCUGCCAACCUUUUGGUUAGCAGCCGAGCGUAUAACUGUUGCCCUACAAGGGCUCCUUCCCUGUGUCUUUAGAUUCUUUCUUUUGAUAGCUCUGCCUGCGCUGGUUGUCGCUGAAAGUGUAAGUAGAUGAAGGCCGCAUCUUGGAGCCUGGGUGAGAGGACAGCAAUGGCUGAGGUGUGAUGUGCCCCAGGAUGCGGGAGAAAGCUUCACAGAUCUCUCCGUGGUACCCCCGGGGGGGCCUAGAAGUGGCUGAGAAUGAGCUGGCCCACCCAGAAGGACCUGGUGUGGGAACCAGGAAGAACCAGAGUGAGUGGGCCCAGGGACCAGAGGCUCAGGCAGGGCAUGGACAUCAACAUUAGUGCCCGGCCAUAAGGACAGGGACCAGAUGCGGACUGCAAUGCCACUGCACAGCAGAGCUAGCCACCCCGACAAUGGUUGUGGUCCAGACACAUCCCCCAGAAGAAUGUGGGUGAAAGAUAGAAAGAGGAAAUCUUGAUCUGACGAAGUUCUAACCCUGAGUUCACCACAUUUCAAUACGGAAUUACUGAGUCACUUUAAACUCAUCACACUCACACACACACACACACACACACACCUUCCAGACAAAAAGCUUUUAUGAUAUCCAAAGUCAAGUGUUUAAAAUUUUGAAAAUACAUUGGUAACAAAACAAAACAAACAAAAUAUUAAAGCACGUGCUCUCUAAAAAUCCUUGGGAAUUGGUUUGGCAAACAAAAUAUUAAAGCAUAUGCUCUCUAAAAAUCCUUGGGAAUUGGUUUGGUCUGGCAGGUGUCAAGGUCACAGUUAAUUUGAUAACUAAUUAUUUAUCAGAAAUGCAACUGCUUGUGGAAAUUAGAACCGGGUUGAACUUUGGUCUGAGCUGGCAGUUUCUGGUGAAGCAGGUGGCCGUGGUGGAAACCCGGGGUUGGGUUACACAGGCCAGGGUCUGGCUUUGUUUUCAGUGGGUGUUAUGACUUUGAGGGUAAUGACACACAGCUGCUGCAAGCAGGUUCAUGGCACUCAUGUGGGCCCCAUGAAGAGCACCUCGGGACCCAAUGGCUGCUGUUUCUUAUGGUGUUGAUUGUCUGCGGUUUUCCAACAGCUCCACAAAAUGCAUUGUUCAGGUGCCAACUGGGAACCUGGGUUGGGGGACACGGAGAAGAUCAGGAGGGCAAGUGGCUGGCAUGAACAAGAGGCUGGAGGAGGGGGAAACCUCUGGGCCUUAAAGAGGGGUAGGCAAGAAAUAAAGAAAACAAAAAUUCUCACAGCUGGACCAAUAAGCAACAUCAUGACAAAUGGAAAAGAUUAAAGUUAUCAAGGAUUUCAUUUUACUUGGCUCCACAAUCAACACCAUGGAAGCAGCAGUCAAGAAAUCAAAUGACACAUUGCAAUGGGAAAAUCUGCUGCAAAAGACCUCUUUAAAGUGUUGAAAAGCAAAGAUGUCACUUUGAGAACUAAGGCCCACCUCACCCAAGGUGUGUAUUUUAAACCUCCUCAUAUGCAUGAGGAAGACCAGAGAAGAAUUGACUCCUUUGAAUUAUGGUGUUGGCGAAGAAUAUUGAAUAUACUGUGGACUUCCAGAAGAACAAACAUAUCUGUCUUGGAAGAAGUAUAGCAGAAUGCUCCUUAGAAGCAGAGAUGGCAAGACUUCACCUCACAUACUUUGGACAUGUCAUCAGGAGAGAUCAGUCUUUGGAGAAGGACAUCAUGCUUGGUAGAGGGUCAGUGGAAAACAGGAAGAUCCUCAAAGAGAUGGAUUGACACAGUGGCUGCAACAAUAGGCUGAAGCAUAACAACGAUUUUGAGGAUGGUGCAGGAACGGGUAGUGUUUAGUUUUGUUGUACAUAGGGUCGCUAUGAGUUGGAACUGACUCAACGGCAUCUACCAACAACACAACAAGACCUAAGAAAGAAUUGAGGUGCUUCACAAGGCAACUGGCGCACACCAGCAGUAACCCAGUUAUCAGACCUGGGCUAAAGUAGCUAGGAAGAGAUGAUGCUGAACCCCACAGUGAAUGGCUGAUCUGGUUAAAUCUUUUUGCAUCUGAUCAAGAUUGGGCCUGGGAAUUGGAAGCAAGAGUGGCUCUGCUGGUGUAGGUUCUGCAGGCGUGACCAGGAAAAAGGCUGUCUCAGAGAGUCUACACCCAGCGUCUGCUGCCUUGAAUAGCAAUGUAAAUUUUCACAUGCCUCUGAGUUCCUAUCAACCUAACCAGGCUGUGGAGGCCAGGGACCACGUUGCAUUCUUUCUGUCUUUUUGUUGAUGCUCAAUAAAUGUAUACUAUGGAUUGAUUGAUCUUGGUUCCCUCAAGUAACAAAGGCUAUUGAAAAAUCAACUUCUGUAGUUUGCGGUAUGACAAGGAGUUAUUGUCCAGGUUUCCCGUGUGACACAUGGCAAGAGAGUAAUCAUGGAGCUGGAAGCAGGUCCCAUGAAGCCUCACUGGGGAGGGGGCAUAUGUGGGGGAUGGAGGCUUGCGGUCAAGUCAGGGACCAUGAGGAACACUUUGGGACGUUUUUGCUCCUCUCUGCCACAGACUCCUGUGAGCUUAGAGUCCAUGGAGGUUAGGAUUGUGCUGAUGGACCUCAAGGCUCUGCCCUACUUCUCAGGUAUUUGCAAACCUGGCACAUGUGUCUUUUAUUUUAGGGUUUUCUCACCAAAUGUUCCACGUCCUCUGUCCUCCAGAAACCCCAUGCUCUAGGACCCUCUUCCACCUGAACUCCUGAAUCCCAGCAGUUUGAGGGCUUAGAACAGGGUCCGGGUCUCCCUUUUGUAUACCCAUGGUUGUUAUUGUAAGGGAGGUCUGGACCAUGGCUUGGUGUGAUUCAGAGAUAAUGCAAGAGGAGUAGAGAUUCUCCAUUCAGGCCCAGGAAGGCCAAAGAACUUGGUGUUGGCCUCCUCUCUGAAGCCGUGUAGGAGUUCCAGUGCAUGGGGAGAAGGAGGAGAGGAGCUGAUAGAUGCCAGGGAGCUGGUGACAGAGGAAUCAGCAAACAGGUGUGGAUCCUAGAGAGAGCCCAAAGUCAGACCAGAAUCAGGGUGGGAGUCUGAAAAGAGGCUGGAGCUGGUCAGGUGGGUUGGCUCAAUUCGAAGACACAAGGUCCAGAGAGACACUGAUUUGAGAGAAUUGUGGUUCAUAAAUUCUGAAGCAGUUAUGUCCUUGGAAGGUGGAAGGAGAACAUAAGAAAGUCCCAGUGGAGAAUCUGAAGAAGUAGUUCAGAUUCACACCCGCAUAUAUUCCUUUGCUAUUUGUAGUCUCCAUAUUACUACAGGGAAUAGUAUCUAUCUAUGCCCUUUAUGGAGCCCUAGUUUUUUUUUUAGUGACAUAGUGGUUAAGAGCUUGGCUGCAAACCAAAGGGUUGGCAGUUGAAAUCCACCAGCUGCUCCUUGGAAACCUUAUAGGGCAGUUUUUUUUGCCCUGUUCUAUAGGGUUGCUAUGAGUCAGAAUCGACUUGAUGGCAAUGGGUUUGGUUUUUUGGUUAUGCCCAAUAUGGUAAUGUGGGAAGGGUCCUAAUCAGGAUUUGAGAAGCCUGGAGCUCUUCUGCUGGAGAGCCACUUAGCUCUCUGAGCCUCAGUCUACUUAUCUGUAAAACAGGACACUAAUAAGGCUCUCAGUGUACUUUUGAGAGUUGGAUGAAAUAAUAUACUUGAAGAUAUUUUUUAAGAAGCUCAAGGGCAAAAACCAUUGUAUACAAAAGAGGGAUAAUUAUGUAUUUCCCUAGCUAUAGAAAGAUGUGGAUUUGCAGGGGUUGUUAUGCACUGGGAUCAUGUACAAAAACACUGAAGUCCGAAAUGUACUUCACAGGUUGCUUGGUUUUUAUCUUUUGGGUCCUAUAAUAUCAGGGGCCUAUGAGGACAAGUUUAAAAGAGUAAGGGAAGGCAUCAAGGAAAUGGCUGAUAGACUGGGAAUAGAACUCGGCCUCCUGAUAGGAUAUUUACAUUUCCACUUACUGUUGACAUUACGAACAAAUAUUAAUGUAAGACUGGAUAUUAGCGGACGUGCUUUAGCAGAAAAAAGACUCACCUGGUCUUGAUA